AUGGCAGGUUGUGUUGGAUGAUCAGCAGUGGUUCUCCCUUAAACAUGGAGCUCGUUCGAAGGGCAAAAUGCUUAUGAUUCUCUCGAGCGCUGUGGAAUGUCGCACGGAUAUGCUGGAGCUGGACUGUCACCUGACCCUCGACGGUCAGGUGGUCGUGUCACAUGACCAGAAUCUGGAGCGACAGACUGGACAAAAUGUGAACAUUGCAGAUCGGAAUUACGCAGAUUUGCCACCUUAUAAAGAACAUGUGGAAGUCUGGUUUUAUCCAGGACACUACAGCUCAGGCAGAGACCACCACAUUCCUCGUCUUGAAGACAUUUUCCAAACGUUUCCUCACAUUCCCAUUAACAUCGAGAUCAAAAUGGAAAACCGGGAGUUAAUCCGAAAGGUGUCAGACCUGGUGAAGAAAUACAGUCGAGAGCAGAUCACAGUCUGGGCAACAGAUAGUGAGCGCAAGAUGCUGUUAUGUCGUGCAGAGAACCCUCAUAUGGCCCAUGCUUUCACAGCUCGGCGUAUUCUCUGGCUCCUGCUGAUGUUUUACUCUGGAUCACUGCCAUUCGUUCCCAUCAGGGAGUCCUGCCUUGAGACCUUCCUGCCCUCCAUCAUUAACAGGUACUACUUUCCGGAGAAGAAAAUCCUGAGAAACAGAUAUGUGGUCCGAAUCCUGGAUUGGUUGCUGAUGAAGAAAUGGUUAUUCAAACACCUAACAGAUCGUGGCAUUCAGGUUUAUUUCUGGGUCCUGAAUGAGGAGGUGGAUUACAGACGGGCUUUCGAAUACGGUGCGACAGGAGUGAUGACUGAUUUCCCGAACAGGCUGCGAGCGUUCCUGGACCAGACCCAACCUCUCGCAAGUUAAUGGGAGCCACCGGACUUAACCACCCCUAGCCCCCUGGGUCUCCCUGCCCCAAGGCCUUCCCCCCCCCCCCCCCCCGGGUCUUCCUGCUCAAUAGAGUUAUGUUGGGUGUGAGCUUACACUGAUGCUGCUGAGUACAAUACAACAUGUGGGUACAAUAAACUGUUACACAUUCUCA